AAUAAUAAUAAUAAUAAUAAUAAUAAUAAUAAUAAUAAUAAUAAUAAUAAUAAUAAUAAUAAUAAUAAUAAUAAUAAUAAUAAUAAUAAUAAUAAUAAUAAUAAUAAUAAUAAUAAUAAUAAUAAUAAUAAUAAUAAUAAUAAUAAUAAUAAUAAUAAUAAUAAUAAUAAUAAUAAUAAUAAUAAUAAUAAUAAUAAUAAUAAUAAUAAUAAUAAUAAUAAUAAUAAUAAUAAUAAUAAUAAUAAUAAUAAUAAUAAUAAUAAUAAUAAUAAUAAUAAUAAUAAUAAUAAUAAUAAUAAUAAUAAUAAUAAUAAUAAUCUAGAUACUCUUCUUUAUUGUAGUGCUUAUGCUAUAUUAACAACAUCUGGAAGGAGAAUCCAUGCGGAACGUGCCCAACGAUCUGCACCAAAAAAAGGAGAACCUCCAUGGAUAAAAAGAUUAAGUGACAGAAUCGAAGCACUGCGAAAAGAGGCUGGUGUUCUGUCUGCAUUUAAUAUUCAACCAAACAGCCGUAAGCUUAGAAGAAGAGCUAUAAAAAUCAAACAGAAGUAUGUUGUACAUGGUCAAUAUAGUGAGACUAACAAUACCCAUGCAGAAGCACUAGAUACUAUUAAGCAAAAGAUCAGCUUAUAUGCUAAGAGGUUAAGGAGAUAUAAACAGUCAAAACAAAGGAGCGAAGACAAUAACCUUUUCAAUAGAUCUCAGAAAAGUUUCUUCGAUAGAUACAGAGGUAAAGCUGAGAACUCUAGUCAACCCCCAAAUAUAGGUGUCCUAGAAAAUUUUUGGUCAGGAAUAUGGUCAUCACCCUCACAGCAUAAUCAAUCUUCCCAACUCCUGCAGCAAAAUGAUGAGACCAAUGAAAUAACACCAAUGCAAGAGUGUACGGUUUCCACUGAAGAUUUUCAAAUAGUGGUGAAAAGGCUUCAAAACUGGAAGGCUUCUGGUAUUGAUGGCCUACAUAAUUACUGGUUGAAAUCUUUUGUUUCUCUCCAUGAAACUAUGAGGCGUGAAAUAAACAAGUUCAUACAGAACCCUUCCUGUAUCCCGGACUACCUCUGUGAAGGAAUCACUUACCUUAUUCCAAAGGAAGAUUCAUACACCGAAGAUCCCUCUAAAUUUCGCCCAAUCACCUGCCUCAACACAUUCUACAAACUAACCACUUCAUGUGUGGCUGAGCUAAUCAAUAGGCACUGUUUAAGAAAUAACAUCAUAGCCGAACAGCAAAAAGGUUGUAGAAAAGGAUCUCUCGGCUGCAAGGAACAGUUAACUAUUGACGCUGUUGUUACUGGCCAAGCAUGCUCAGGGCAAAGAAACUUGUUUGCGGCUUUUAUUGAUUAUAAAAAGGCUUUUGAUAUGGUUCCACAUAGUUGGCUGUUAGAAACUCUCCGAUUGUAUAAAAUCAACCCACAACUUGUAUCUUUCUGUGAAGUGGUAAUGACAAAAUGGUGUACUAAGCUGAAAGCCCAAAAAUUAACGUCAAAGCUUAUACAAAUAAAAAGAGGCAUUUUCCAAGGAGACAGUUUAAGCCCACUCUGGUUUUGUCUCUCUAUUAACCCACUGUCGUACCUCCUCAAUAAGAGCAAAUAUGGAUUUGAGAUAAAAAGCAGUGUCCAAUCUACUAGGAUAACCCAUCUUAUGUAUAUGGAUGACAUCAAAUUGUAUUCUAGUUCUGCCAACAGCUUGGAACAACUUCUCAAGAUUGUCGAAAAAUUCUCGAACGACAUAAAAAUGGAAUUUGGUGUAGAAAAGUGUAAAACAACCCAAAUCGUAAGAGGAAAGAUGACUAAGGGAUUGGAUUAUAUAACAGCCACUGGAAAAACUAUACAAUCAUACAAUCAUUAG